ACAAGAACCCAAACUUUAAAAGAGUUGUCAACAAUAGGGGUCUCAAGUCAAACCAACGCGAGGAUAUACGGAAAACUUCUCCAGAGAAAAGCUACGGCUUUGUUUUAAUCUCUGACAACAUACAACGUUUUUGUUUGGAGUUUCGGAUAUUUAGAUCUUCCAAGAUGAAGUUUGUAAGGUAUUUAAUGAGGAAUGCUGCUAUGCUAAAUGCGCCAAAGCAUAUUGAUUAUUACGCGAAAUUUUCUCCAUCGCCCUUGUCAAUGAAGCAGUUCCUGGAUUUCGGAUCCACAAAUGCGUGUGAGAAAACAUCCUUCGCUUUCCUCAGACAAGAGCUCCCAGUCAGACUAAGCAACAGUUUGAAGGAGAUCAACCUUUUACCAGACCAACUGAUCAAGACUCACUCCGUUCAGCUAGUUCACAGCUGGGUUGUCCAAUGCCUGAUGGACAUCCUCGAAUUUCAAGACAAGAGUCCCAAUGACCCCAGAGUUCUUGCUGAGUUUCUGGACACUCUUGUGACCAUCAGGAACAGGCACAAUGAUGUGGUACCCACCAUGGCCGAAGGCGUCAUCGAGUAUAGGGAUGCGUUUGGGGCAGAUCCUUUGACAAGUCAGAACAUUCAGUACUUUCUGGACCGCUUUUACAUGAACCGCAUCUCCAUUCGCAUGCUCAUCAACCAGCACACUCUGAUCUUCGAUGGCUGCACAAAGCCAGGACAUCCCAGCAGCAUCGGGUGCAUUGACUCCUGCUGUGACGUCACAAAUGUAAUCCGUGAUGCAUACGAGUGCGCUAAAAUGCUCUGUGAGCAGAAUUACCUCGGAUCCCCUGAGCUGGAGCUUAGAGAGAUGAACGCAAAGAACAAGUCCCAGCCAAUCGAGAUUUCCUACGUGCCCUCUCAUCUCUUCCACAUGGUUUUCGAGCUCUUCAAGAAUGCAAUGAGGGCUACUAUUGAGAAUCAUGAAACAAGCAGCACAUUGCCACCGAUCGAAGUCAUGGUUGCUCUAGGCGGAGAGGACCUGUCAAUCAAGAUCAGUGACAGGGGCGGCGGCGUUCCUUUCAGGAAGAUUGAUAGACUUUUUAGCUACAUGUAUUCAACAGCGCCCAGACCUACUAUUGGUGACCAUCAGCGGACCCCAAUGGCUGGCUUUGGUUAUGGUCUUCCCAUCUCGCGCCUGUACGCACGCUACUUCCAAGGGGAUCUCCAGCUUUAUCCACUGGAGGGCUAUGGUACGGAUGCUGUGAUUCAGCUGAAGGCCCUGUCCACAGAUUCAGUAGAGAAGCUUCCAGUGUUCAAUCAGACUGCCUUGCGCCAUUACAAAUUCAGCCAGGAAGCUGAUGACUGGUGCGUCCCGAGGAAGGAGCCGUUGAAUUUAACUGCAUACAAGGCUGCAAAGUGAGCCAUGAGAGCUGACUGCCUUAAACACAUGACAAAGGCUUGCAAGAGAUUGCCAAGAUAGGCUUCCAUUGUGAAUGCUCGCAUUCUCUACUGAACUGAGGACCAGUGACAGCAUUUCCCAAUGCUCUUUGACUGUUUUACUGUUUCCUGGGAACUCUUAAACUGCAUGAGGCCAGAAUUGAAGAUGCAAAACAGUAGAUUCUUUAGUGCUGGUGAAGUUAAUGUUUUUUAGUAAAAGCUCAGGUAUGAGAAGGCCUGCCGGGCGACAGGUGAUCAGAUGUUAACCUGACAGAAGCAGAGUUAAGUCUAAAAACAGGUGGAGAGAAGUGUAUGUAUUGCAGAGGAGUAAAUAGUGAAGGCAGAAUAAAUGUAGCUGGGAUGAGAAGUUAGACAUGAGACAUUUCUGAAGUCAGAAAGAGUGUCAAAAUAAGGAGGAUUUGGCCAAAGUUGUCUAAAGAAGCUGGAGCGUUUGAAAUCAUACUUGAUGUAACACUUAUUAUUUAAGAAAGCAUUUAUGUAAGCAUAUAUUAAUAGCACUGUAUGGUUGUGUUUCUUUGCAUUAUGACCACUAAAUGUAUAUACUCAAUGUUGUGUUAUAAACUAUUUUUAUAAGUUUUUUUUAAAUGGACCUUGCUGUUUGUUUUUUCAGUAUUAAAUAAAUCAGAUGUUUUCUCAUCAAUA